GGUGAAACCCAUAUCGGUGUUAACGUGAAAAUAGGGAAUUGAUUGUCCCAAACUAGUCUUCGACAUUUCUCGUUCGACAGCGUUACGAUGGACUUCGCGACGUGGCUGCGAAGCCGUGGUGGCAAGGUGAAUCAAGAACUUGACCUGUUCUCUGUUCUGGAGAGUGGAGAUCGCGGCGUCGUCGCUCGCCGUCAGAUAGCGGAGGGCGAGCUUCUGCUUCUGCUCCCGAUAACAUGUGCUCUAUACAUUCCGACGAAUGAGGAGCUGGCCAAGAACCCCGCCGCCUUCCCGCCUGCCGUACACUACCUCCGGGAGCAGCAUCCCGGCCUCAGCCCCUUCCUGGCCACCAGCCUCGUGCUCAUGUCCGAGUUGGCUCGUGCAGCCACUGCUAGCUCGGAAGGAGGCGCAGCAGCGGCAGGAGCUGCAGCAGGGGGGGGCUCCGAGUGGGCUCCCUACCUUGCUACGCUGCCGGCUGACUGCCCGGACUGCCUGCUGUACUGGAGCAGCGAGGAGAAGGAGGAGCUGGCGGGCACCGCCAUCUCCGAGUCCGGACCCGACCCCGCCUCCGACGUGUUCCGCCGCCAUGUGGCACCCGUGCUCGCCGCCCGCCCCGACCUAUGGCCGGGACUGACGCAACAGCAGCAGCCGGCAGCGGCAGCGGGGGGCAAGGGUGUCAAGGCUGCUGCAGGUGGCGAGGAUCAGGGUGCGGGUCUGCGUGCCUUCCUGCGUGCCGCUGCGAUGGUACAGAGCCGCGCCUUCCACCUGGAGGCAGAGAACUGGGUUUCUGGAGCCAAGGAGGUGGUUUCGGAGCUGGAGGGCGGCGGCACGCAGGUGUUCCUGCUGCCGGGGAUUGACAUGAUCAACCACUCGCACAACCCCGUGCGCCGUAAUGCGCGGCUGGACCGCUUGAAUGUGGCGCAGGCGGCCGCGGCGGAGCUCCUGCCGGGCGGGGAGGGGGCAGAGGGGAAGGAGAAGGGGAAGGGGGCUGCUGUGGAGGCCUAUUUCGUGAUGCGCGCAGACAAGCCCAUCGCUGCGGGCGAGGAGGUGCUGCACACGUACGGCAACCUGUCGGACGCGCAGCUGCUGCAAACGUACGGCUUCCUAGACAGCCAGGACGACUUCCGUACGACAACAACUGCUGCUGCUACUGGAUCCAGCCAGGAGCCGGCUGAGGAGGGCAAGGGCAAGGGCAAGAAGGGCACCAAGAAGCAGGGGAAGGCGGCUGGAAAAGCAGGAGCUGCGGGUGCUGAUGCGGGUGCUGCUGCUGGCGGCGGUGGAUACCGCAACCUCUACAAUGCCGCGCUUGUUGCCUGGUCGGCGGUGGAGGAGGUGUGCAGCGGUCUGCUGCGGUCCAUGGACCAGAAGCCGCCUGCCUCCCUGCAGCGCGCCAAGCGGGACUUCCUGGCUGCUGCCGGCGUGCUGCAGCCCGCAGCGCCGCAGGACACGCAGUUCGUACUGCUUGCGCGGGAGCCGCUGCCGGACGAGCUGACCACUGCCGUACAGGUCCUGCUGAUGACCAAGGAGGAGUUCCAAGAGCUCAAACGAGAGUACGGCAGUGCGGAUGCGGGCACCUCCGCCGCCGCAGCAGCAGGAGCAGCCGGCAAGAAGGGCCAGAAGGCUUCUCAAGCCGCCGCCAAGAGCGGUAAAGGUGGCAAGGGAGGCGCAGCAGCGUCUGGAAGCGGCAAGGCGGAGGGCGCGGGGGCGGGCGGCAGCGGGGAUGCGAAGCUGCCGAAGCUGUCUCUGGGUACGGCGCUGUUGGAGGAGGACGAGGACUUUGCGGAGAUGGUUUGCAUCGCCACAUUGCAGGUCCUGGAGGCCAGCCUGGAUCGCUACCCCACCGCCGCCAAGGAGGAUGUCCGCAUGCUGCGCAGCGCGGACUGCACCGGACGCCAGCGCCUGGCUGUGCGGGUGCGGCUGGGCGAAAAGGACGUGCUGCAGCUCGCCAAGAAGGCGGUGGUGGAGCUCAUGCGCAAGCUGAGGGACGGACCGGCAGCAGGGAAAGACAAGGACGCCGACAUGGAGGAGAAGAGCGAUGAGGAGGAGGAAGCCGAGGAGUCUGAGGAUUCGGAGGAGGAGGGGAAGAAGCGGCGCGGGGGUGCCGAGUCGGGCGGCAAGCGUGCUGCCAAGAAGCAGCGACGGGGGCUGGGUGCAGCGGAAAGCGAGGAGGGCAGCGGCAGCGACGACGAGGACAGCGAGGAUGAGGAGGACGAGGACGAGGGCGAGGGCAGCAGCGAUGAUGAGGAGGAUGACGGGCUGUUGAUGGGCAGUGACGACAGCGAAAAGGUUGGGUACGGGGGGGAGGACUUCGACGACGGCAUCGGCGAGGCGCACGACCGCGGCAAGGCGCACGAGGCCCCCAAGGACGACUGAAGCGUCGCUCAGUUGUGGCGGUUGACGUGCGUGCGCUCUAGCCAA